AUGUCAGAAACAAUCUACAGAUUGACGUCCGCCCGAAACGGCAAGCUGCUAAGCUUUUUGCUCGGUGCAUCGUCUUCCUUUUUGAUCUUGGUCAUGUUCAAUAGCAUGACAAGUUCUACGCACACAUAUCUACCCUCGCGAUACCACAGCCGACCGUCGCGACCUACCACAAAUGCCGAAGCGAUGUUCGAAGCAGCAUCCAACCGCACACUCGGCCUCGAUUCCAUCUUCUUCCUCAACCUCCCGCACCGCCACGACCGCUUCGACGCCAUAGCGAUCCAGUCGCACAUUGCCGACAUACAAAUAACCCACCUGCCCGCCGUCGACGGCUCCACGAUCAACGAUCAAGGGAUGCCGCCGCUGGAAAAGGGGGACAUGCUAGCGAGCGAAAAAGGCUGCUGGCGCGCCCACGCCAACGUGUGGCGGCGCAUGUUGGAGAACAAAAUCCCCGCCGUGCUCGUGCUGGAGUCCGACGCCGGGUUCGACGCCAAUCUGCGGCCUAUAAUGGGGAGGCUCAACCGGGCCUUCCGGGAGUUGCUGAGAAAGGACAACCCAGGCGGCGCUUUCGAUGAUGCCAACACGCACGACCCGUGGCUCUCGCGAUCCGGUGCGUGGGACUACCUCUCGGUUGGACACUGCCACGAUUCCCGCCCCCAAGACGGCAGCUACGUCGUCUACACCGACCCAGACUCCUCCAGCAAGGGGUUCGACGUCGACGACAUUGAACCGAGCCUCCCGCGCGAGCACAAGCGCGUCGUCUAUCGCGCAAAGACGGCCAUAUGCACCGCCGGCUACCUCGUCUCGCUGUCCGGCGCAGCCAAGCUGCUCGUGCGCACCAGCAUGAACCUCGACGGACCCGUCGACACCAUCAUCUCCCAGAUGACCGAGGCGGGCCAUCUCAAGACCUACAGCCAAAGGCAAAUGAUCACACCUCCGUGGUCCUACAUUCAAGGCGUGGGUAAAGGCAAUUCCAAUAGCGACAUUCACGACGGCGACAAGGUGGAGCAUGCCACCGCCGAGGGCUGGGAGCGGCUUCGGAAUGAGAAAACGGCGUUUGAGGUCCAGGCGAGGUACUCGAUGGCACAAUUGAACGACUUUGCGCUGGGCAGGGCAUGGUAUCACGUUUUUGGGGAGGAAUAG